AUGGAAUUUGUAAAAAGUAAUAAAAAUAAGGAUUUAUUAUUGUAUAGUGGCUUUUUGCAUCGUGAAGAUAGAAAACAAAAUAACACAAUAUAUUGGCGUUGCGUUGAAAGUUCAUGUAAAGGUAGAAUUAUUACGAUAAACGGAGAAAUUAAAAGUCAACCUAAGGAUAACUCACAUAAUCAUGUUCCCGAUCCAUGUAAAAUCCAACGCAAAAUGGCUGUGAAUAAGAUAAAAGAAGCGGCUGUUCAUACACAAAAUACUCCACAUGAUAUAAUCAGUACUGUUCAAAUAGUACCUGGAGUAGCCGGUGAAAUGCCAUCAGUUCAUCAUUUAAAACACACUAUACGAAGAGUUCGGACACGUAACCAAUGCGCACCACCUAUUCCGAAGACCGUGAGUGACCUUAAAAUUGCUGAUGAGUAUACUAAAACGAUGAAAGGAGAACAAUUUUUAAUAUUUGACAGUGGAGCAUCACAAGAUCGAAUUUUAAUAUUUUCGACCGAAAAUAAAUUAAAAUUAAUGGAUCAAUCAGCUAAUUGGUUAGUCGAUGGAACUUUUAAAACGGUACCUUCAAUUUUUUAUCAGUUAUUCACUAUUCAUGUACUUAUUCAACAAGCCAAAAAUGGUCUUCCAACAACAAACAACGCUGUAGAAGGAUGGCACAGAGGAUUUACAUCUGUUAUUGGAGCAAGCCACCCUAAUAUAAUAUGGAAAUUCAUAGAUGGAAUUAAGAAAGUUCAAAAUAUAGAAGAAUUAAAACGAGAGCAAUAUAUAGCUGGAGAACAACCACGGAAAAAAAAAAGUGUAGCAUAUAAUUUGUCACUGAAUGCCUAG